UUGAUAUUGAUAUAGGUUUCAAUUUCAUAUAUAUAUAUAUUAAUGCACAUGUAGUAUACCUUUGCCAUCAUUACCAACGUUAUAACCUAUUACGAACAUCAUUAAUUGCUUAAAGCAAUUAAGGCGGGAAAUAGGUACUUUCACUUUGGCCACAAAUUCCUCAUUUGUUUACUUUACAACAGGUAAAAUAUCACGUGAUGUAUUACUCAUAGUUCUAUUUUUAGUUCCAUCAUUGGUAUCCAGGGCACAUAUAACCGUAGUCAUCUGUGAAGUUUGAAGCCAGGUGUGAAACCAAUGGUUCAUCAACAAUGGAUAGAGUGCUAGUGACAAUAAUAAUAAACAAGAUGCUGUCUUUGUCGCUCGCCGCCAAUGCUUUUCCGGACCCAGAAGGAGAAAUGUCGGUUUAUAUAGAGGACGUCGGUGACCCAGGGUACAGGAUAGGGGAUUCUCGGUGGUAUCCUAUAGGAAACGGCUCUUACGCCAACAGGUGCGGAGAAAUCCUAUUCAACCAGGCGGUCACAAACUCUCGUCUUCACAUAGACUAUCUCCCCAACAACACGUUGGUCGCGGCUGCAGACUAUAUGCGUGUUAUAGGGCGACCGAUAAUAUACUUCGUGGGCUUGUUCUUCAACGUACUUGGUAUGUGUGUCCUGUUGAGGAGGGAAUUACGCAGAGUGGCCACCUGUAAUAUCAUGACAGCUUUGGCUGUCGCUGACUGCUGUAUCUUGAUCAACGGCUUCUUCUUCUGGAUCGAGUACGAGCUCCUUUACCCAGGGAUGACAGCCAGUAGAGGGCUCUGUGGCCUGACUGUAUUCACGGUGUAUUUCGCGCCCGAAAUGAGUGCGUGUAUGAUAAUAUUGAUGAGCGGGGAGAGACUCCUCAGACAUAUUAACACGCCAAAACACGAGGUGAUAUUUUCAACUAAGAAAACUCGGAUUUACAUCGUCGCGAUCGUGGUUUUCCUCCUCAUUUUGAACAUUCCUAUCCCUUUAUUUGAUAUAUAUUUCUAUGAGUGUGGGCGGCAGAUAUGUUGGAAUAUCUUCCACGAUUCCCCAGAACUCCUGGAAAUACACAAUCACAAUGCAGCUGAGGAAGGGGAUUACUAUUCGGUAUACAGAUGGGUGGCUCUAGUGAUAUACUGGAUCAUCCCUUUAGUCGGCUUGCCAGUCAUUAACGCCAGGCUUAUAUAUGCCAUCUGGAAAGAUAAUAAGAAGAAGGGGUCGCAAGUACUGGAGUCCACCAUACCAACCCCAGGCUCCGGGUUACAUAGAGACUGGCUAGUCGAAGAACAGAAGAGCGUCACUAGAAUGCUCAUCUCCGUCACGGUGGCAUACUGGAUCAUGACAACGGGGUUCAACUUGAUUCAAGCAGAUAUAAUAGAUAUAUAUCGAAAUACUACCGAUUACGAAAGAGCAAAGUUUUCUAUGAUUUACACAGUUUUCAUACUACUAUUUUACAUGAAUCAUGCCUCGAAUUUCUUUCUUUACUGCUUGAGUGCCCGCCCAUACAGGGAAGAAUUAAAAGCAAUGUGGGUUGAUAUUAAGGAAUGCAUUUACACAAAAAGAGAGACAGAAGGAGCUAGAAGGUCACACGUGCUCGGCCGCGCCUCAUCGUAUGGCAGCUUAAAUCAACUCGUCGGAAAUCAGGAAGUGUGACAAACAUUGGAUAAAGCCUUCGUAACUUUCACUUGCUCUUAUUGAACGAAAACGAAAUUAUGCGGAAUAAAUUUUUAUUAGCUAGGUCAUAUUCCUAUUCAAAGUUAGUAUUUAAUUGUUUCACUUCUAAUUGGACCUCGAUUAUGUACUCUUUACACAGAAGUUAGAACUAUAUAUAUAUAUAU